AAAAAACUGAACACCAUGGUUUCCAGCGACUGUAUUACUAGUCCAAUCAAACUGACCCUUAACCACUGCCGGAGUUACAACAAACAGCUGAAGCAGCACUUACCGGUUUCUAUUUGCUCCGAAAACUCCCCUUCUUCGGAGCAAACCGCCGGUAGUGAAGACCUGUUAACUGAAAUAUUCCUCCGGUUACCCCCAAAAUCCCUUCUUCGCUUUCAAUGUGUUUCAAAACACUGGCUUUCCCUUAUUUCCAGUACCUAUUUUCGUCGACUCCACACUCGUCGUAACGCCACCUCCUCUGCUUCCACCGUUGGCGUUUUCUUAUGCCGACAUCCCAAUUAUGAUUUCCUUAGUCUCCACGAAGAACGCUUAUCUGCUAUGGGUCGGAUUUACGACAGUUUAUCUGAUUCACGUGGUGGCAGAGUUCUCUGUAAUAUCAACUCUUGUAAUGGACUUUUAUGUCUAGGUUUUAAAUCGGAUGAUGCAAAGACCGAAUUUUACGUUUAUAAUCUCACCACAGGUCAUCAGAGGUUUAUUCCAGUGCCGGACACAAUGAUAGUGAAAAGUAUGAACUUAGCAUUUGAUCCCACAACAUCUGAUGAGUAUUCUGUUGUGUGUGUUUGGUCCUCUGUUUCUGAAAAGCGACUUCGUUUCUCAGUGUAUUCACCUGGUUCUGGGAUUUGGAGGCAUUCAAAUGAGCACUGUAAUGAUGUUGAUUUAUGUUGCUAUCGUGGGGUUUUCUGGAAAGGGUCUGUUCAUUGGUUUAGCCAAACAGGCCCUUUUUUGUGCUUCCAAGUUGAUAGCUGCAAAUUUAAAACAAUGCCUAGUACUCUAAUUCCUGAAGGUCAGUGGUACAGGAACAUUGAGUAUUUUGGAGAAUCUGGUGGGCAUUUGCAUCUUAUUGAGAUUCAUAAACCUCAGGAUAUAGAGUUUAACGUGUUGGAAUUGAAGAGUGAUUAUUCUUCUUGGUUUGUGAAGUACCGUGUGAAUCUUGAAUUUUUGACCAAUUUGUAUCCAGUUAUGGUGAAUCAAGAAAUUUAUCCUCCUGAAGAUUAUGCCUUUCCGUAUGCAUUUAGUACGCUAUGUUUUCUAGCUGAUGAGGAAGAUAAGGCAAGGCUAUUGAUAUCCCUUCCAGGGAAAAUUGUUUUGUAUGAUAUGCACAAUGGGAUUGUGAAAGAACUAGCUGAUAUAAAGCCUGAUUCUUUCAGAAAUUUCAUUGGUGGUGCACGGUAUGAUUGUUUUGAUGCCUAUACGCAUGUUGAGACACUCGCUUUUGUUUGAGUUUCUUGAUGGAUCCUUUUUUUUUUUUUUUUUUUUUGGUUGUAUUCUGAGUGACCCUUAGUGGUUAGUUUUGUUCACUUUUGAUGUGUAAUAUCAGAUCUUCAUUUGUAUUUGAGAAUGAAAAGUUUGUGCUAGCUUCGUCGAUAAGGAUUGACAUCUUCAAUUCCUUUAUGUUCUGUUUCAGAUAUUCAGAUUAAUGGAGUCUGAGUACUCUAAUUAGUCAGAA